GGAGUCAGCCUUGCUGCCUUGUUUAUCCGAGCAUAUCGGAUCGAACCUUCCCUUGUUGUCACCUGUUGGUUGCUUCCUCGCCUCAUGAGCAACAACAGACACGGCAGGCCGCCGACAUGCUCCGCCAUUUCUUCCAUUCUUGUUUUCAAAGGAGAUCAGAGCGCUCUCCCUCAAAGUCCUGCCACUCGGCGACCGAGACGGACAGCAGCGAAGCUACAUGUAUCUCAUCCUCACACAUUCCAAAUCUCCCAAGAGCCGGGACCAGAGUGUCAACAAGGCAAGAGGCCGAAGCUGAAGCACAUACCUUCGCCGCAUCAGACCACACCAUGCCGAAACCUAAGGAGAAGGCGAUUCGCAUGCCGAAAGGCCGGAAGCCCUACGAGAGAUCUCAGACGGACGCCAGGUAUUAUGCCGACAUACAAAACAAAACUGUUGCCAAGGCCAGCCUCGGGCCCGUGAAGGCUAAGCUGAACAAGAUGUUCGAUGAGCUCAUUCCAGAAGAUGAGAGGCAACAAACGGACAAGAACGGGAACUUGGUGGCCGUCGAUGAGAUCAACGCCGAGCAGUGCAUGGAGUAUUUCCAACGCCUGGGCACCAACCCGGAGACCUGCGAGUUGUUCAUCGUUCUGGAUGUCGUCCAGGCGGAGACCAUGGGCACCAUCAAGAGGGCCGGCUUCGUCGACGGCUGGGCACAGGCCAUCGCAGAGAGCACAACGAAAGUCACGCCCGACUGGGCCGGGCAAAGGCAGUACCUGAAGUCCCGCAUGGCCCAUGUGAACUCGGAUCCGGCAUACUUCAAGCAGCUCUACGAUCUCGCAUUCCAGAUCAGCCGGGAGCCGCCGCAGAAGGCGAUCAAUAUGGGUGUCGCCGUGGCGUGCUGGGAGGCGCUGUUCGAGCCGACGACGCACCCGUGGCGGUCGAGCAGCAUCGACUGGCUCGGGGCGUGGACGGCGUACCUCAAGGACAAGUUCAGCAUCUCCAAGGCGGAUCCGGAGGGGAACGUGGAGAUCGAGUGGAGGCGGACGGUCAGCAAGGACCUGUGGAGCCAGACGAGGCUGUUUGCCGCCAAGACCAUGGAGGACGAGACGCUCAGCUUCUGGUCCGAGGACCAGGCCUGGCCGGGCCUCAUCGACGAUUUUGUGGUCUGGUGUCGCGAGAAGGGCAUCGUGACGGCAAUGAAAGGGGAGGAUAGCGAGAUGGAGGAGUGAGGGACCCUGCACUCGCCAGAGCAAUGGAGGCCUGCAUGCCAACCUAAAUUCUCGCCCACAAGCAAGGGCUGGAGGGAUCUGAAGCGUUACCCUUUCACAAGGUACACAGGUGAUGUUAGAGCGAAGAGAGCGAGGAGGCUGAACAGCGGGUCAUAAAUCACCUGGGCGGAUCGUGGGGGAGGAUUUUGCAGU